CAUGGUGGUCGCACACGAGAGCUGGACCUUGCACCGAUUUACAAUGCAGAAUAGUGUUUUGAUAACACUGGAUCUGACGAUGUGAGGUCUGAGGAUGUUUAACUUUUCAAUUUAAGAACUUCUCUGCAAAGAGCAGCAUCGCAGCACAUCAGUGCAGUUUGACUACAUCCAACAUCACAGCAGGGAAGAACAGCAAGAGAUGGAGACAAGCCCAGUGCUUCCAAAGGACCAGAGGCUCACAUCAGAAGAAGAGAAUGCACUGGUGUCGCAGGUACUGGAGAUCAUUGGCGGCAUCACUCGUGAGGCCUUACAGACCAUGGAUGAGCCUGCGGAGAGAGCCGUGUGUUUGAUGGAGGAGGGAGACGACUCUGUGUUCUACAGCGAUGAGGAUCAGACUAAUCAGGAAUGCGAGUUGGCCAACACACGGCGUGGGUUUGAUGCCAACGAGGGCAAAUAUCUUAUUAAAAGUGAAGGAGUGGAAAAACCAAUCCCACAGAAGAAGGGCGAUCAAGAGGGAGAAGUCUUAAAUGACAACUUGAAUUUAGCGAUGGAGACAGAAACAGCUUUGCAGUCCAUUCUGACUGAUGAAGAAGAGGAAUGCAAAGAGCUCCAGACACAAAAAACGGAACUUAAGAAUAAGUCAGACUCCACAGAGCAGAAUGCAUCAUCAGAAACAGUAACUCAACACAAGGAACAAAAAAAGGAACAACUGGUGCAAGAGGCUCACAUAUCAAACCUUGAACCCACUGAUGUAACUAAUGAGGGGUGUCAUGAAAGGGUGGACGGAAAGAAACAAGUCCCCAAAGAGAUGUCAGGUGUUGAACUCCAGAUAUCAGGCGAUGGACAAAUAAUAUUAGAGCAGGAGCCAGAGCGGGAGGACAACUUCCAUUUUCCUGUGGGGUUUCAUCAGGCGACGUCCAGCACAGGCUACGCUACGCUGCCUCUGCUGAAGAAAUCCAGGGACAGCGGCGGCAGUCACCAGGAAUCCUUCGACCACAUCUCCUCCUCCUCCUCCUCCAAGUACAGCACCCUGUCCUACCGCAAAAUCCGCAGAGGAAACACUCGCAAGAAGAUAGAGGAGUUCGAGCACAUGAUCAUGAAUUUAUAA